AAAAAAAAAAAAAGAAAAAAGAAGGAGUAGAAAGGAAAAAAACGGUCAGUGAACUGAUCGUAUGGCGGCAUAUUCUAUUGAUGUAAUCAGUUAUGUAAUUGCUAUCAUUGUUAUUAUCACAUCGGCGAAUAUCGAUUUUAAUCCAUUAUUUCAUGGCAAUUGUGUUGAUUACAAACAUAAGGAUUUCGCAUGCACUGUCCGUUCAGUAAAAUGCGAUGAUAGAAGUAUAACGAUCAGUGAGAACAGCAAUAAUAUUAGCGCAAUAAUGGAUUCAACGAUAUAUGCGCAUGAUAUUCGGGUGGAAUCAUUUGCUCGUGUCGUUACCCGUUAUGCUCGACAUACUUAUCAAUUAUCUGUUGAUAUCUCAUGGCAAUUACCUCCAAAUAGUUCGUAUAUUAUUUUUAGUAUAAAUUUGCUUAUUAUAACAAAUUUAUUAUAA